GUUUAUUUUUACAAACUUCUCAUUUCUUCAACAUAGCAACACUGUCAGUGUCCCGAGUAAAAUGUCUGCUUCGAAAGGAUCGAAAAAUAUUUUAAACAAAAUGAUUUAGUAGCCAUAGCCAAAAUCAAUUAAAGUUAACGGAAUAUCCAGAUGCUGAAGAAACAACAAUGGAACACAUUGACACCACAGAUAAAACAAUAAGCUGCAUGCCUUAACUUGUUUAAAAAAAAAGUAGAUUUUGUACAUGAAUCUCUUAGGACAUAGUGUUAGUGUAAUAUGAAGUGUUUUGUCUCCAAGUGUUGACAUUUAGUGAGUGAUACUCAUGGUUGAUGGUGUGAACGGUUCCAAUAUGUCUGACGAGGAGGACUCUUCACCGGAUAGGGCUUUAGGCCCUUCCAAUAAUGUGCCAGUGCUGGGCAUCAAACGCCUCAAACAGAUCGAGACGAUGUUCAUAUCCCGGCGGCUGCAAGCGCCCCGCACCCACGGCCUCAGCGUGGAAACCCUCGUGGAUAUGCUACUUGUCUUGUACGAUGAGUGCUGCAACAGUAGCCUCCGGAGAGAGAAGGCCGUUGCUGACUUUAUAUCUUACGUGAAACCUGUAGCCACAGCGUUGAAGAGGCUCCGUCUAUCCCGGGACGACUUCGAGCUGGUGAAGGUCAUCGGCCGAGGGGCUUUCGGCGAAGUGUGCGUCGUCAGGGCGUCUUUUAUGCAGGGCACGGAUGGCGGCGCAAAUAUGGCGGCGGCGACCGCCGGGACCACGGGCACUGGUGAACGAGUGUACGCCAUGAAAAUACUCAACAAGUGGGAGAUGCUCAAGAGAGCAGAAACAGCAUGUUUUCAAGAGGAGCGCGAUGUUCUCGUGUUUGGUGAUAGAAGGUGGAUCACCAAUCUGCACUAUGCCUUCCAGGACGAACACAAUUUGUACCUAGUAAUGGACUACUACUGCGGAGGUGACUUGCUGACUCUCCUAUCAAAGUUCGAAGACCGUCUACCGGAAGAUAUGGCCAAGUUUUAUAUUGCGGAGAUGGUGCUCGCCAUACAGAGCGUGCACGAACUUAGAUAUGUGCAUCGAGACAUAAAACCAGAUAACGUGCUAUUAGACGCGAGCGGUCAUAUCCGUCUAGCUGACUUCGGCUCGUGUUUACGCCUGGGUGACGACGGCAAAGUGCAGAGCAAUGUUGCUGUCGGCACACCUGAUUAUAUAUCGCCGGAGAUAUUGAGGGCUAUGGAAGACGGUCAAGGCAGAUAUGGUCCAGAGUGUGAUUGGUGGUCUUUAGGUGUAUGCAUGUACGAGAUGCUGUUCGGCGAGACUCCGUUCUACGCGGAGUCGCUGGUGGAGACGUACGGCAAGAUCAUGAACCAUGCCCGCUCCUUCCACUGUCCGCCGCCCGAUGAACAUGCUGCACAGGUAUCGGAAGAGGCGAAGGAUCUAAUUCGCAGACUGAUUUGCUCUUCAGAAAAUAGAUUAGGAAAAAAUGGACUGCAAGACUUUAAGAAUCACCCGUGGUUCGCGCAGCUGGAAUGGGAGAGCGUGCGCGAGAUGCAGGCGCCCUUCGUGCCCGACGUGUCCAGCCCCACCGAUACCUCCAACUUCGACGUCGAUGAUACUGAUAUCAGACUAUCAGAAGCCGUCCCCCCUCCUUCAGCAUCGUCAGCGUUCUCGGGCCUGCACCUGCCGUUCGUGGGCUUCACGUUCACAGCAGGCUCGCGGCUGUCGGACCUGGGCGCCGCCGCCAGCCCGCUCAGCCCCGCCAAGAAUGCGCCGAGCCAGGCACCAUCAAACGCCGGCGACCGAGCAGCGUUAAAAGCGUUAGAAAGAGAAAACGCCCUUCUCGCACAAACUAUUGCUGAGUUGAGAGCGGGUGGAUCUGCGGUAGAUGGCGGUAGUGAAGACAUACUACAGUUGAAAGAAGAAAUGGCGGCGUUGUCCAAAAGGAAUGGCGAGUUGGAGGCGCAAGUACGCUGUUAUGAACAACUUAAUACUGGCAUUGCGACACAGGACAUGCCAGCGACGCCACAAGAGAUGGCGACCCGUAUCCGGGAGAUGGAGGUCAUCAUACAAGCUCUCAACUUGGAGAAGGAGGAACUCUUGAAGGAUAAAACUGACUCCGUUGAGAAACUUAGACUGCAGGACAAAGAGCUAAAAGACGCGCUAUCACAACGCAAGCUAGCCAUGACUGAGUACAACGAGGUGACGGAACGCCUGUCCGAGCUCAGGCAACAGAAGCAGAAGCUUUCACGGCAGGUCCGUGACAAAGAGGAAGAGUUAGAAGUAGCAAUGCAGAAGAUUGACGCGCUAAGACAGGACAUACGACGCGCGGAGAAGGGACGCCGGGAGCUAGAGGCUAGGCUUGAUACCGCCAUUUCUGAGGCUACUAAGGAACGUAAGCUUCGCGAAGAGACGCUACGGUCGCAGCGCGUGGAGUCGGGCGGGCCGCCCUCCGCCGCCGCCGACGUCGCCCGUCUGCAGGCUGAAGUCGAGACGCUAGAGAUGCAGUACAAAGAGUCUCUAGCACAGCAGCAGGCGCGGUUCCAGGCGGAGUUAGCCGCUCUCAACGAUCAGCUGCAAGAGGGAGAUGCGUUGCGCAAUGUUCUUAAUAGAGAGCUACAAACAUCAAAAGAGAAACUCGAAAGCCGUCGCAUAGAACAGAUGUCGGACAGCGAAGACAGACAGAUGCUACUCAACGAGAACCGGAAACUGGCCAAGGAUCUGGACGCUUUGGCAGAAAACGGCAGAAGAUGGCAACAAGAGAGAAGACAGAUGGAGAUUGAGUUGGAAGAGUUGAGAGCCAAGAGAGAGACGAUGCAGCACUGGGAGACACAGAUAGCAGACAUUAUCAGAUGGGUGGCUGACGAGAAGGAAGCUCGCGGCUACCUGCAGGCUCUCGCUACGAAGAUGACUGAGGAAUUGGAGUACCUUAAACAUGCGAGCGCCUCACGUUCCUCGCUGGUGGUGGCAUCAUCCCCGCCAUCAGGUCCGGGCGGCCCCGCGCCUCCGGACGGACGCGCGGGCGGCUGGCGCAACCGCCGCUCCCAGAAGCUGGACAAGAUGGAGAUCCUGACGCUGCAGUCGUCGCUGCACUCCGAGAUACAGGCCAAGCAGGCCGUCGGCGAGGAGCUCAGCCGCACCAGGGCCGAGCUGCUGGCUAGUCAGAGAGAGCUACACGAAACUCGACAGCGGUUGGACACCCUAGCCCACGACAUGAAACGCAAAGAGCAACAUAUACGCGACAUGCAGGCGAGACUCGACGCGCCCCACCAGCCCGGCAACUCCUUCCUGGACCGGCCGCCAUCUCAAAUGAGCUAUCUAGACCAAUUUCUGAAGGAAGCGCCGACGGAGCGACAUUACGACAAUGUGGCUUCUAUCAACGAGCAGAAGAUGUCGCCGCAGUACCGUUACAGAAACCAGCAUUGUUGCAAUGCAAAGCUAAUGUACGGGUCCCAGCAAUCGGCCGCACUAAGCGGGUCCGUGGAGCUGCAAGAUGAGCUGGAGCCCCGGGCGUCGUCGCCCGCCUCCAGCAAGAGCUCGCCCAGUGAGAUGUCCACUGUUAGCAUAGACCCGUCACUCGGACCGUCAGUGCCAGGCAAGCAGAAAGUCCACCAGUUCCUAGUGAGGACGUUCAGCAGCCCCACCAAGUGUAACCACUGUACGUCGCUUAUGAUUGGUCUCACCCGACAAGGCGUGGUAUGCGAGACCUGCGGGCUGGCAGUACACACGUGGUGCUGCGGGCGCGUGGCGCCGCGCUGCCCGCUGCCGCCCGAGCGCUCGCGCCGCCCGCUCGGCAUCGACCCCGCGCGCGGACAGGGCACCGCCUACGAGGGAUACGUUAAGGUCCCGAAACCCGGUGGCGUGAAGAAAGGCUGGAUGAGACAGUUCGUGGUCGUGUGCGACUUCAAACUGUUCCUCUACGACAUAUCACAAGACCGGAACGCGUUACCUUCAGUAUGCGUCAGUCAAGUGCUGGACAUGCGCGAUCCGGAGUUCAGCGUGACGUCCGUCAAGGACUCUGACGUCAUACACGCCAACAAGCGAGACAUACCUUGUAUAUUUAGGAUAUCAACGUCACAACUGGAAGGCGGCAAGCGGUCUCACACACUCAUGCUCGCGGAGUCGGAAUCAGAGAAGACGAAGUGGGUGGUCGCGCUAAGUGAACUACACAGGAUACUUAAGCGUAAUAACUUGCCGGACAAGUGUGUAUACAGCGCAUGCGUAGUCCUAGACUCGACGGCAGCAGCCACCGUCCGCAACGCCCUCUGUGCCUGCGUGUUAGAGCGUUCCCGUAUCUGCGUGGGCGGUGAAGCGGGAUUAGCGCUCAUAGACCUGGAGCGAGGCGAGGUGACGCCUCGACGUGCUCACGCGCCGGUCUCCACCAUUGCUUAUGUGCCCCAUGAGCAACUGCUGGUGGUAAUCGCAGGCCGCGGCCGACACGUCCGUCUAGUCCCGAUCCGAGCACUGGAAUGUGCUGAGGUAGAAUGCGUGAAACUAGCUGAAAGUAAAGGCGCUCUCGCACUCGCCGCCGGCCCCCUGUCUCAUGCCGCUCACGGCUUCGCUGUGUUGUGUAAACGACAGAACGCGUACGUAGUGAACGUGUACGAGAUCACCCGCACUGUAGCGCGUCGUGUCCGCGUGGCGGAGCUGCGUGCUGCGGGCGCGGUGUGCAGCGUGCAGCUGUGCGGCGCGCGCCUGCUGCUGGGGUACCGCGGCGGCUUCGCGGCGCAUGCGCUGCCCGACCCGCGCCGGGCUACGCUCGACCAACCUGCCGUCUCUCUAGUCCACCCCGAGAACCAAGUGAACGUGUUCCUGUCCCACUCGGGGGCGCGGCCGCUGUGCGCUGCGCCGGUGCCGGGCUCGGGCGACACGCUGCUGGUGUUCAACUCGCUGGCGCUGUACGUGGACCGGCACGGGCACCGCGCCCGCGACACCGAGCUCAUGUACACUGCUCAUCCGCAGCACCACGGUGAGUGUAGUGUGUUCCUGUCACACUCGGGGGCCAGGCUGCUGUGUGCUGCGCCGGUGCCGGGCUCGGGCGACACGCUGCUGGUGUUCAACUCGCUGGCGCUGUACGUGGACCGGCACGGGCACCGCGCCCGCGACACCGAGCUCAUGUACACUGCUCAUCCGCAGCACCACGGUGAGUGUAGUGUGUUCCUGUCACACUCGGGGGCCAGGCUGCUGUGUGCUGCGCCGGUGCCGGGCUCGGGCGACACGCUGCUGGUGUUCAACUCGCUGGCGCUGUACGUGGACCGGCACGGGCACCGCGCCCGCGACACCGAGCUCAUGUACACUGCUCAUCCGCAGCACCACGGUGAGUGUAGUGUGUUCCUGUCACACUCGGGGGCCAGGCUGCUGUGUGCUGCGCCGGUGCCGGGCUCGGGCGACACGCUGCUGGUGUUCAACUCGCUGGCGCUGUACGUGGACCGGCACGGGCACCGCGCCCGCGACACCGAGCUCAUGUACACUGCUCAUCCGCAGCACCACGGUGAGUGUAGUGUGUUCCUGUCACACUCGGGGGCCAGGCUGCUGUGUGCUGCGCCGGUGCCGGGCUCGGGCGACACGCUGCUGGUGUUCAACUCGCUGGCGCUGUACGUGGACCGGCACGGGCACCGCGCCCGCGACACCGAGCUCAUGUACACUGCUCAUCCGCAGCACCACGGUGAGUGUAGUGUGUUCCUGUCACACUCGGGGGCCAGGCUGCUGUGUGCUGCGCCGGUGCCGGGCUCGGGCGACACGCUGCUGGUGUUCAACUCGCUGGCGCUGUACGUGGACCGGCACGGGCACCGCGCCCGCGACACCGAGCUCAUGUACACUGCUCAUCCGCAGCACCACGGUGAGUGUAGUGUGUUCCUGUCACACUCGGGGGCCAGGCUGCUGUGUGCUGCGCCGGUGCCGGGCUCGGGCGACACGCUGCUGGUGUUCAACUCGCUGGCGCUGUACGUGGACCGGCACGGGCACCGCGCCCGCGACACCGAGCUCAUGUACACUGCUCAUCCGCAGCACCACGGUGAGUGUAGUGUGUUCCUGUCACACUCGGGGGCCAGGCUGCUGUGUGCUGCGCCGGUGCCGGGCUCGGGCGACACGCUGCUGGUGUUCAACUCGCUGGCGCUGUACGUGGACCGGCACGGGCACCGCGCCCGCGACACCGAGCUCAUGUACACUGCUCAUCCGCAGCACCACGGUGAGUGUAGUGUGUUCCUGUCACACUCGGGGGCCAGGCUGCUGUGUGCUGCGCCGGUGCCGGGCUCGGGCGACACGCUGCUGGUGUUCAACUCGCUGGCGCUGUACGUGGACCGGCACGGGCACCGCGCCCGCGACACCGAGCUCAUGUACACUGCUCAUCCGCAGCACCACGGUGAGUGUAGUGUGUUCCUGUCACACUCGGGGGCCAGGCUGCUGUGUGCUGCGCCGGUGCCGGGCUCGGGCGACACGCUGCUGGUGUUCAACUCGCUGGCGCUGUACGUGGACCGGCACGGGCACCGCGCCCGCGACACCGAGCUCAUGUACACUGCUCAUCCGCAGCACCACGGUGAGUGUAGUGUGUUCCUGUCACACUCGGGGGCCAGGCUGCUGUGUGCUGCGCCGGUGCCGGGCUCGGGCGACACGCUGCUGGUGUUCAACUCGCUGGCGCUGUACGUGGACCGGCACGGGCACCGCGCCCGCGACACCGAGCUCAUGUACACUGCUCAUCCGCAGCACCACGGUGAGUGUAGUGUGUUCCUGUCACACUCGGGGGCCAGGCUGCUGUGUGCUGCGCCGGUGCCGGGCUCGGGCGACACGCUGCUGGUGUUCAACUCGCUGGCGCUGUACGUGGACCGGCACGGGCACCGCGCCCGCGACACCGAGCUCAUGUACACUGCUCAUCCGCAGCACCACGCGAUCAACGAGACGCACUUGCUAAUAUUCACGGCGACGCACAUCGAUGUGUACGACAUCGAGACCGGAGACUGGGUGCAGACUAUGAAUAUACCAAACGCCCGACCUCUGGACGAGUCUGGCUGGAUCUGCUGCGUGGGCGGCGGCAGUGGGAACGGCUUCCCCUUCUCCAGCGACGCCGCGCCCUUCAUCAUAUACCUGCGCCCGCUCAUGUCACAUCCCCGAGCUUCAGACCCGCCGAUCUGCGUAGAUACAUCAUUAUGGGGCACGAAGCGACGGUUUUCCGUACGAGAACAGUCGCACCAGGCUAUUGAGGCGCAUAACCGAUUAUCAGAGCGUCGUUCGCGUCUAAUAUCGGCCCCCACGAACUUCGCCCACCUGUCGCACAUGGGGCCGGGCGACGGCAUCCGCUCGCAGCGACUCCUCGACCUGCCCACCACUGUCGAGACUGCUGACGAGCAUCCACAGAUGUACAGCAGUCGAGAGAGCAGUAAACGGACGUCACCGUUAACGAUAUCGCACGGCACCGGAUCUUACAAUGGGUCAUGGCGGCGCCGCGAAGCCCCCGGGUCGCCGCCGCCGUCGCCGCCCGCGCGGCCCAUGGACCGGUCAGUGGGCGGCGGCUCGCAGGGCAGCGGCUCCCUGCUGCUGGAGCGGUCCAUCACGCCGCUCAGCCUCGGCAGCAUGAGCUCGCUGCACGACGUGCUCAAGGUGGGCACGGAGCUGGGCGACGCGCUGCACUCGGAGGACAGCAGCUGCGGCGCCUCGCCGCCGCAUCCCAUGGAUCCCUGAUG